GGUACAGUUAACCUGGAAAAAUAGGGAUACAAAGUUGAGGUUCGCAUCACAGACAUAAACAGCUGACGCUAGAGUCAUUAUAACUGGGAAUGUACAAGAACGUGGGGAACGAUCAACGACAAAAGUUGCAGGCGCCCUCCGGGCAUGCCACGCCAGGUUACACAAUAAAGGAAGUGGAAGAGAUGAAGACAGCAUUAAGUAAGAAGCUAGGCCCCGAGUUCAUCAGUAAAAGGAAAGGUCCUGGGUACAACAGUGUUCAGUACUUGGAAGGGUGGAAGGCAAUCAAUCUAGCGAACGAAAUUUUUGGACCUAACGGAUGGAGCACUGAACUUAAAGAAUUCAAAGUGGAUUACAUCGAAGACAAGCACGGGGCGAUCAGUUUGGGAUUGAGCUGCAUUGUGCGAGUCAUUUUGAAGGAUGGAACGUUCCACGAGGACGUAGGUUACGGGUCCAUAGAGAACUGCCGUGGAAAAGCUAUGGCGUUUGACAAAUGCAAAAAAGAGGCAUUUACGGACGGAAUGAAGCGUGCGUUGCGGCAGUUCGGUAAUGCAUUAGGGAACUGUCUCUACGACAAGGAGUUUCUCCAGCAGAUCACUAAGGUUGCAUCGGAGCCAGUCAAGUUUGACGCGAACUCGUUGAUGAGACGGUCCACGACUGUCCCGAAAACGAUCACACCGAAGACGGAACAUGAAUAUCGCAUGAACAGGGCGGCUCCGGAGGCAAGGGGUGCACCGGCUGCCCUUUCUAGUACCGCUUCAGAGGCGAGGGAAGCUGCUUCUGCCCAGGGGAACAUCAGACGACCUGGAUCUUCUCCGGGCAAGCAGGAAGGCGAGAAGCGCAGAGAGGGCAAGCACAAGUCGGCGAACGAGAAGGGUGCUUCAGGGGACCGGGAGAAAGACGAGGGGGACGACUCGUUUAUAUUCAGCGACGACUGGCCGGAGGAUGAGGAGGAGAUCAAUGACCAGAUUCUAGACUCGAACAACUUUGUGAAAAAUGAAGACUUGCCCGACUCCGAUUUCGAGGACGAGGCCGCCGGCGCCAGCGGCGGCGGCAUGCAGGAGGAGUCGACGCUGAGCACAAAAUCCAAGCCGGGUUCACAGCAGCACACUGCCAAUAAUAGCACCAGCAGCAUCCCCGAGCAGGUAACGUUCGUUUCUGCGACGAGCGCAGACACGAUACAGCACGACCCGUCGCUGCAGAGAACCCUGAAGUACGAUAUGUCUUUCUCCUCGACGCAGAUCAACAAGUCGUCCUUCAUCAACCACAGCAAGUCGUUGCCCGUGAAAAAGUCGCAGAUCAGGCACGACGACAACAAGGAAAACAAGCAGCGGCGUGCAGCCGCCGCCGUCGCAGCAGCGCCGGCCACCACACAUACCCAGGACGCCAAGGGAGGCAACACGCCGGACCCGUCAGCGGCAGCCCCCGCUGCCCCCGCUGCCCCCGCUGCACCGCCAGCUGGCGACAAGACCAGUGCUGUGCCGGCAAACGCCCAUCUCGGCGUGCGGUCCCCAACCGCCUCCAACACGCUCAUCAACGCUGCCCCGCUUGUCAAGCGUUCGUUCGGGCUCCCACCAAACAAGCUCCCAAACAAGCGCUUGAAGAAGUAGGGCGCCCGACCCCUUAGUUGCUCUGUAUAGGAAAUAGGAUCAAAGGUAAUCUUCACUCAUCCAUCUAUCUCUAGUAUUUUCGACGCGCCGACUCCGAGCGAGGAGAUAUGCCUCCAGCCGGCGCCCCGGCUGGCU